AUGCGCGCAUCAUGUAUACGUUGCGAAGAUGCUAAAGGGAUUGUUCAUAAAUUGUUUCAGCUGAUCGCAUGCUCCAUAACAAACAGUUGGCCUGCACCAGAAUUGUCAGUCACCGGAUCUUUGUACUGCAAAGGAAAACCUAUAGUUCAUACUCGCGUUGCUUUACUUGACGGUACCAAACGUUUUUUUUUGUAA